AGGCAUCUGAAAUCUCAUUGGUCCUUGGUGUAGUCGUGUAGAUUGAGAAACGCAAACAAUUAUUGCUGCUUUUGGAGGAGUUUAAUAGAGUUAAAACAAACAAAACCAAAAAUAUAAAUAUUUAUGUUUUAUUUUUAAAGUUGAAACCUUGUUUUGUCAUAGCAAUGGCAACUCUAGUUCUUGACAACGGAGCUUAUACGGCUAAAAUAGGAUACAGCCACGAAAACGUCAGUGUAAUACCCAAUUGCCAGUUUCGCUCAAAAACAGCAAGACUGAAAACAUUUACUGCCAAUCAGAUUGAUGAAGUUAAGGAUCCGUCUGGGCUGUUUUACAUUCUUCCGUUUCAAAAGGGCUAUUUAGUAAACUGGGAUGUCCAGAGGAAAGUGUGGGAUCAACUAUUUGGAAGGGAAAUGUACAAGGUUGAUUUUGCAGACACCAGUAUAGUGAUCACAGAACCAUACUUUAACUUCACUUCAAUUCAAGAAUCCAUGAAUGAAAUUUUGUUUGAAGAAUAUCAGUUUCACUCUGCUCUCAGAAUUAAUGCUGGAUCCUUAAGUGCUCACAAAUAUUUUCAAGACAACAGUUCAGAGCUGUGCUGCAUUGUUGUGGAUAGCGGAUACUCCUUUACACACAUAGUGCCAUACUGCCGGGGUAAAAAAAUGAAAGACGGCAUAUGCAGGCUUAAUGUUGGUGGAAAGCUCCUGACCAAUCAUUUAAAAGAGAUCAUUUCAUACAGGCAACUUCAUGUUAUGGAUGAGACUCAUGUUAUUAAUCAAGUUAAAGAAGAUGUAUGCUAUGUGUCUCAAGACUUCUACAAGGACAUGGAAAUAGCUCAGUUAAAAGGAGAAGACAACACAGUGAUGAGAGAUUAUGUGCUCCCAGAUUUCAGCACAAUCAAAAAGGGCUUUUGCAAGCCUCGGGAAGAGAUGAAUUUUAGCGGAAAAUAUAAAACAGGGGAGCAGAUACUCCGUCUCAGCAAUGAGAGGUUUGCUGUUCCUGAAACAGUAUUCCACCCAUCUGAUAUUGGAAUUCAGGAGAUGGGUAUUCCAGAAGCUAUUGUCUACUCUGUGCAAAACCUGCCUGAUGAAAUGCAGCCCCACUUCUUUAAAAACAUUGUGCUGACAGGAGGCAAUACCCUCUUUCCUGGGUUCAGAGACAGAGUUUUCAAAGAUGUCAGAUCCCUCACGCCAACGGAUUACGAAGUGUCAGUAGUGCAGCCUGAAAAUCCAAUCUCCUACUCUUGGGAAGGUGGGAAACUGCUGUCUGAUAAUCCAGACUUUGAUGAGAUGGUUGUUACUAGAGAAGAUUAUGAAGAAAAUGGACACUGUAUAUGUGAAGAGAAAUUUGAUAUUUAAUGUCCUCCUUCUCGGUGAAUGCAUUGUAAAUAUUUCCCCAAGACUGAUGAUCAGCAAAUAAAUGUGUAGCUAAUUCCUAAUUACUCUUUCACCAUUAUAAUUAGGACUUCUGAUUUUCAGUUUUCAACCGAUAAAAAAACAAUAAAACACAUGCAAAAAAAAAAAAAAAAAAAA